UCACAAAAAGUAAAGAAAAAUGAAAACUGAUUUACAAAAGCUUACUUCCUUAGCAAAAUUCCUCACAAGUAAGCAUUCCCUUAAAACAAAAACAGUAAUAAGCCUAGAGAAACCAAGUAGGAUUUUACUUCAAAAUAUUUACUGUAGUUGGUUGAAAUCAAUACAUGGAAAGACUUUACAACAUUUUUCUAUAUAUUUAGAUAAAAAUAUAGCACAGUUGUCGCAAAAAUUCUGUUAUGGUUUCAUUAAACCACAGUCAGUAGAUAUUGAUGAAUUAAUAAUAGACAAUAGCAAUGAUGAUUUUAAGCCAAGAAAUACUAUAAAGUUGAAACUGAAUUUAGUAGUUCCUCAAGAAGAUAUAAUGCAGUAUUUCAUUCAGUGGCAAAGAUAUAGGAAAUAUUGGUGGAGUUCUAUUACAACCACUCCAAGUCUAUUCAGCAUAAAUAUGAUGCAAGGAGUUGAAAGUGCUGAUGUGAAUAUUAUUGCCAACUUUAGCUGCGGAUCUCAAAUAGUAGAGACAAUUGGUAUUAACAGCAAUGAUUCUGAAAAUAAUAAUAAUCAUGAUGCACGCAAAACAAACAAGCAAACAAUUAUUCUUAAAUUUAAUGCUACCCAUACAUCAAGUCUAACUUGUGCAAUGGGAUUGGAGACAGCUUUACUGACUCUUUUAUUAGAUGGAAUUACAAAUGCAACCAAAGAAGAGUAUUUGAAACUCCAUAAUAAGAUGGCACCAUACAAAAUUUCCUUUGCAUUGGAUAGUAAAGAUGAAAAAAUAUUAAGUAUUCUAAAAGAAUUAGCGCAACUGAUAUUUCACAAACUCAGCAAAAAUGAGAUAUCGAGUUGGCUGCCAAAUUUCACACUGCCCCUUCAACUACAGAUCAAAGAAAAUCUACAGAUGGGUGUAACAUAUACUGCAAUACUAAAUGAAAAUACACUAUCAAAUGGGAUUUUUCAUUUGUUAAACAGCAACACUAUGUUAAAGGAAAGCUUUAUGGCUAACUCUGAUCCUUGGGCAGGAUGGAGGAGCAAGUUCAUGUUGCAGAUUUCGACACCUAUGCAGCUUUAUUGUGUGGAAAAGAUUAAAACAUAACAAUAGUAUUUAUUAGAAAGUAGCUGAAGUCCGCAUUCAGGGAAUCAUUUUAGGUCAGACACCCGCAUGCUGGGUUUGCCCUGGCUAAUAUUACCAGUCAUGAGCUUAUAUGCGGCUUUCCUGACGACUUUUCUGGCGAACUGGUAAACACUGUAAACUUUUAAGCCGAAGUCCCGGGUUCAAACGCAAUUUAGGAAUUUAUUAUUUCAGCAAUUUCCCUGGUCUAGUCUGUUGGGGGCUUCGGCUGUAGCUUGUUACUACCCUACCGAUAAUUACGUUGCACCUAGCGUUCUAGCGUUCCAGUACGACGCUGCAUAAAAACCGUAUAUCCGUAUGGAUUUCAUUUAACUGCUAUACCCCUAACAGGUUAAUCCUUUAUGAUCUUAAGAUGACGAAGCAGUUCACCCAGGUAACACUGCAAUCAAGACAAACUUUAUUAAUAAAAAAUCGGAGGUGUUUUAGCCUUGUAGUAAUGCCAUCCCAGUGGCCUAUUAAAAAGUAUCCAAUAUAUAUAAGCCAAUAAAAAAGAGUUGUGAACAAACCAUUUUUAAUAGAUAAAAUA